UGAGUUGUAAGGGAAAUCGUAACGGAGGAAACGUGGAAUUUGGUGCGCUUUUCUUCUAGAGCGCUUGAAAGCUUACUCGGAAAUGUCUUUGAAAACAAUACACGAAGAGAUUCUGGAGCAAGAUCACAAACCACCAACCAGCGUUCAUAGACCGUUUGAGUGGGCACCUGUAGAACCAAGUUGGCAGGAUGUAACGCAGUUUCUCAAGGAUGCCACCAAUGAGUUGGAAGUGGGCCAGCUCGUACACCCCGAGGGAUUUACGCUUUGGGAGGCCAUGUCUGCUAUUGAGAUGAUGGAUCCAAAAAUGGAUGCUGGCAUGGAGCUCCCUCCUGAGCUGACAUCGGGAAAACUUGCCGUUUCCGACAUUGAAACGAAGCGAUUCACCGCCGCCGAAGUGAUCGGUGUCAUUGACGAGCUGAUCAGUUUGGAGAUGUCUUGGAUAUCGGGCAACCUCCUCUGCCAGACGUUGUUCACCUGCAUCUACCUUCACGAACCCUACAAGAUAACUAGUCCGUUGUUGCAAGCCUACAUCAUUGCAGUAUUAAAAACUGCAAACUUGAUCCGACGGGAGGUCACUAUGGCACACGUAUACGAGGAAGAAGAUUUCAUUCCAGACUCCAUGGGCCUCAGUUUGUGCGAGGAAGUACAGGAGAAUGAAGCCUUGUCAUCCUUGUUGCAAGUUGAGGAUGCGCUUAUGGUUCAUUGGAGGACGGCAAAGGGAAAGCCCGCUAAAUCGGAUGCGGGUGAAAUAGAGAUCUUAGAGUGCCCAGAAGGACGGGAAUUGGAGUACAUUGACGCCCUCUUAUCACGGAUACGGUUUCGCCGAGCGUUUUACUCAACAGUGGCGAGCAUUGGCCGAUAUAACCUACCUCACGCACGAAAAAGCCUUGCACAAGCAAUCACGCAAAUCAAGACGAUCCAAAACACCAUACCUCUCGGAUCCGAUGUUAAAGAAAGCUUCGAUCCCUAUGUGACUCGGAAACUUUUCUCGCAGUCUCCACCAAAACCCAUCAUUGCCAUGCGGAAAGAAGAUGGCGCUGAAGCUAUGGCAUCCAUGCUGUCGCACUUUCAAGAGAUUUGCGAUGUACCCGCUUUGCAAGACUCGCAUGAAUUACUGGGAUUUUUGAACUAUGUAUCUGGCCGGUCACCCAAUCCGAAUGUCUUGACGCGAUCUCUCAUGCAAAAGACAUUGGUUCGCGACGGUAAACUUUUUGGUCGAAUGGAUUUGAAAGAUCUUAUUCGGGAUUCAGUCAUCAAGCUAUGUAGUCCUCUCUGCUUUUCUGUCACGGAUCCGCAAGUGAUGGAGACAGUCGACCUAUUUUUGGAACGCGCAGUUGAUCCUUUUUGGGCUUUGUUGCAAUUGUUUGGGCACAACCGGGCACGACAACAUCGACGGCUACGGAAGCUUGUGCGGCAAUGGGAAGCCUUACAGGUGGAGGCUGAAGCAUUGGAUCUGGACUUGCAAGCGACGAUACCGAGCCGAUCAGAUUCCGACGAAUUACCCUUUCAUUUAUCAUCGUGGGUGUACCAUCAGAAGCUAAAUCUACUGUUACUUUAUCUCCUCCUUGGAUAUGAGCUGGAUCUCUACGGCACGUACGAACAUGUGAUGGUGUCUUGGUACCUAGAGUAUCUCUUUGAGAUGCAAGAACAACAUUUGUUACGCAUUGAGCGGAAUCGAAAUAACCCAGGUCGGAGAGAAGAGCAGACCACAAUGCUUUUGCUGACGGAAGUAGUGGCCAAGCAGCUCAUUUUCCGAGGGUUAUUUCAACUGGGAAAGGUCUUGAGACGACAAGGCCUCCUUCCUAGUCCGAAGCAUGCAGCCUACAAUGAGAGUAUACACUAUGGACAUCGAUUCCGGGUAUUCUCGAACCUGGGGAGUCCUUCUAUUUUGCCUUUUGAGCACUUUCUGGACGCUGUGCAGGAAAAUGAUGACGGCGAUGAGGCUUUACAGCUAGCACAAGCUGAUUUUGCAGCUGCAAAAGGGAUGCUGGAACGUCUCUUGCAGAGUUCUAGACGAGAAAAUGGGGCACAUUGUGCAGAUAAACAACAGGGAUGGAUAGAAGACCGGCGAACAGAUAUUUCCAAUCUGAUCAAGGUCUGUAUUGCUAAUGAAGUGGGCAUCCGGACAAUGACGGGGAUAGAUGCGACGGAGAGGGGAAAGCACCUUAAUGUGGCCUUUGAGACAAAGUACCAUAAGCAGGUGCCUUUACUGGUAGUCAAGCGAUGAUUUUUUUAAAAAUAAUAAAGAAGUAAGAUGGCCAAAAGGUCGGUGCC